GCUGCUGGCUCAUUUUCAGCCGGCUGUCAACCAGCACCUCCAGGUCCUUUUCCGCCGGUCCGCUUUCCAAUUACUCCGCCCCCAGCAGCGUGCCCGAUUUCCCAGGGAGCGGAGGAAUUCUCCCAGGGAGCGAAGGAAUUCUCCCAAGGAGCCUGUGGAAACCCAGGCGAGGGCGGCUCUUUGCCGGGCGCCAUUUGCAGCACACAAAGGGCCGCGGGGCUCCCGCAGCGCCCCGGCCGCGGCUCCGCGGGUGCCACCUGCCGGCGGCCCCUGCGCUGCGCGGGGCGGAGCGGGGCCAUGGCUAUGGCGGGCAGCGUGGCGGGGGCAGCGCUGCGGCGGGGCCGGAUCGGCCUCCGCCACCGCCUGGCGCGGCCGCCGGGGCUCGGCGGCGGGAGGGCGGCGGCGGACUGGAGCCGGAGCCGGGCGGCGGCCGGAGGAGCGGUGCAGUACUGCGCCGAGCUGGUGCGAAAGCGUGACUAUGAAGGGUUUCUGUGUUCUCUGCUGUUGCCUGCAGAAUCUCGAACCUCUGCUUUUGCCUUGAGAGCCUUCAAUGUGGAACUGGCUCAGAUUAAAGACUCCAUAACUCAGAAGACUACGGGUUUGAUGCGGAUGCAGUUCUGGAGGGAGGCUGUGGAAGACAUAUACUGCGAUAACCCACCACAUCAGCCAGUUGCUACAGAACUGUGGAGGGCUGUCAAGAGGCAUAAUUUGACUAAAAUGUGGUUCAUGAAGAUCAUUGAUGAAAGAGAGAAGAAUUUGGAUGAUAGGGCAUACCGUAACAUCCAGGAGCUCGAAACAUAUGCUGAGAACACUCAGAGUGCUCUCUUGUACCUCACCUUGGAAAUGCUGGGUGUGAGGGACAUCCAUGCUGACCAUGCAGCCAGUCACAUUGGGAAAGCACAAGGCAUAGUUACCUGUUUAAGAGCAACUCCGUAUCAUAGUACAAGACAAAAGGUCUUUCUUCCCAUGGACAUUUGUAUGUUGCAUGGAGUUUCACAAGAGGAUUUCAUAAGGGGCAAGCAAGAGAAAAAUGUGAGAGAUGUAAUUUAUGACAUUGCCAGCCAGGCCCAUAUUCAUCUAGAACAUGCUAGAUCUUUCAGUAAGAAAGUUCCCGCGAAGGCGUAUCCUGCUUUUUUCUGUACGGUUGCUUUAGAUGAUUUUUUACAUAACAUGCAAAAAGUGGACUUCAAUAUAUUUCAUCCAAGCUUACAAAAGAAGAGUACAUUAUUACCGUUGCAUUUGUAUAUUAGAUCUUGGAGAAAAACAUAUUAAAGUUUGUUUUGUUUUUUUUUUUUAAUAUGGGUUCCGAGUGCUGAGUUUUUUUCUUUAAUGUCUCAACUUGAUAGAAUUGUGAAGUGUCUAACUUCACGCUUCUGCAAAGUGCAGUUCUGGGAAACAGCAGAUGCACAUGAACUGUAGCUGUCAGCUUGCUGGCAGUAGUUAAGUUUGUUCUUGGAAUUUGAGGCUGAUAUCUCUGUUUCGCGUCUGCCAAGUCAUAUGUCCUUGUCUGAGAUUACUUUUCUUGUCUUUCCUGUAAUAACAGCAAUAUGACAGAAUUUUUCUUGGACAAAUUCUGUGCUAAUGGAUACUUCUGACAGUUGUCACUCUUCACUGAAAAAAACAAAAAAACCCCUCCAAUAACCAAGCCAACAAACAAAAACUGCUUGCUUUAUGCCCAGAAGCAGUUACAGUAAAUGCCCUAUAAAUCAGCUAAGCAGUUCUAUUCAGUACAAGGAGCAGGCUUCUUCCAAGUAGUGGUGAUGCUUCAUACUUGGAAGAAUGAGCAUGUAUAUUUGAAUGCAAGAAAACUGUCAGGAAAAGCUUUAGCUGUUUUAAUUAUGUAGUAUUUAUGUAGCAUUUCAGAAUGGUGAAAUACAGCUGUAGUGCAGAGUUUAACUGUGUGUUGAGAAUGAGCAUUGAUGUGACUGUGGGUAGUGGGAGGAUAGCUUUACAACAUAGGAAGAGAACCCUAUACAGUUUUUGUCUCUGGCUUUUUCUCUCUGCUCUGGGCUUGGCUGUGCCUUCCUCUUGGCCUUUAGUCUCUCUGUUGUUGCCCACAGAUAUCAUUGCAACAUGGGUUCAACAUCCCCUUUGCUCGGUAUUUACCAUGUCUCUCAGGACACCCUCCUACGUGGCUUCCCCGAAUUCCUUUACUUUGGUACUACGAAGAAACAUAUUCUUGAACGCUUCAGGUCAUUUUACACUGCCCUGUCUGUAAGGAUACUGCUCUGUUUUUUUGGUGGGAAACUGCUGGGAGCUUUGUACUCAGCAUCUCUUAGGAUCAGGGUAAAUAUUUCUAUUUGAUUUGUUUUAUGGUAAAAUAAUGGUUCCUAACAUCCAGCUUGAUUCAAUUGCACAAAUCCGGUAGCUUGUUUUGCCGUCAUCCUUGUUCUAUUAAAUAACUGCUUUUCCCAGAGAUUUUUUUUAAUCACGGUUAAUCUCCCCAGAUGCUUGGCUGCAUAACAACAUCCUGUAUUUCAGUGUACAAUGCUACGUAAUGAACUUCUGAGAACAAGAUUUGUGGCUUUUUUAAUCUCAAACUUUCAGCAUGGUAGAAAUCUUUGGUGGUUUUGUUUUACGUGUUUGAAGUUGGUUUGUGAUACAGAUCUUGGUUAAUUUUGCAGUUUCUUAUUCCCAAGUAAGAAAUUUCUUUUUGAAUUUGUUCAGCUCAGGAUCCUGGUUUCUGUAUUACUGGAAGUGCAGUAAUCGAGGUGAUAUGAACCUAGAAGAAUGUAUGUACUGGAUUGGGAGUAUAAUGGCUAUUUUUUUAACAUGAAAUCCUAACGGGCUCUGUCCUCUUUUCCAGUCAGCUGCUGUAUCUUAUUGGUGUUCUUGAAUGUGGCAAAGAGAUCUGGUGAAAAGAAAAUGUUUCUUUCUUAUGCAGGCACUGCAGCUCUUCCUGCCAAACGCCGAGCAAAGGCUUAGGCUCUGUAGCUCCCACCAGGCCAGCUGCGCACUCGCUCUGUUUAUUUUGUGUUCUGGAGCAAGCAUUACAAAUGUCUCUUUCUGCAGUUGGUCCUUGUUUUGUUCCAAAUGUGCUGAGUCAGGAUAAUUGAGGCAGCCCUGUCUGUCUUCUCAAAAGGAAUCACUCUCCUGUAAAGUUAACUUUUGGCAGGAGUGCAGUACAGUAAAGAGGAAGAGAAGGGAAACCAUGCAGUAUCACCAGCACCUCAAGUUGCUACAGUGAUAUCUUCCUUCUAGGCCACAAGGCCAGUGCUUUGCUUUGGUGUUGAAGUAGAACAAAUCUUGACAAUGUGUUCACAAAGGUAUCAAUGGCUGAGCUGAUUUGUUCUUGUGUAGAAAGAAGCCAUGUGAUGCAGUGAUUGGUUAGCAUGGUAAGGAGGACUUAUCGGUGAAUUAGUAAACAGGAUAUGGAAUAAAUAAAUUCAGGUUAUGACUUCAGUCACAAAGAGUUUUGAGUGACCUCAGAAAGUAAAGCAGCAUUUCGAAUUGCAAAUGACAGGAGGCUGCUUAAAUAGGCAAUCUGUGUCUCCUUUAUAUCCUUCAGGGAACAGCUCUCCCUCAGAUGGCCAUGCCUGAUUUUUCCUUUAGGGACAAUGUUGUGAAUGGAGGCAUUAAAUACUUGUCAAACAAGGUAGUCUGCUUUCAUUAGUAUUGUCUCUUUUUAUUUCUUGAUGGAAGUGGGUGCCAUAUAAGAAAUGUCCUAUUUCUCCUCUUUGUUGUAAUCUGGCUUAUAGUUGUUUUCACCAAGUGUUGCUGGCUCAGCGUUGCAUUAUGCCUGGUUUCAGUUGAUGUACUGAAAGAA